UGGUCCCUUUUCCUUCUCGACAUUCAUCAAUCUCACACACACACAAACAACAGGAAGACACACAUACACACGACCGCGACCUGGCAGCCAGUGAAGCAAGCACCAACGACUCUCAAGAGCAUCAUGCCUCGGCACGCAUAUCGCGCCUCAUUGCUUGACUUUCAUCAAGAUGCCACGAAGGUUGGGCUUGAUGGAGACGGUGCCAAGGUUGCGAGCCACAUUCGGUUCGUGGACGACGGCCUGUUGAUCGUGGAAGAUGGCAAGAUUGCGUACGCUGGCGCCUUUGAGGAAGAGCUCAUCAACGGCGACACUGUCCAUGACUUUCGAGGGAAGAUCAUCUGCCCCGGCUUCAUCGACACACACAUCCAUUAUCCGCAGAUGGAGAUGAUCUGCGCUUACGGCGAGCAACUCCUCGACUGGCUCAAGACAUACACCUUUCCCACCGAACGCAAAUACAGCGACAAAACGUAUGCCCGGGAGAUGGCGAUGAUCUGCAUCCGGGAGCUGUUCAAGAACGGCACGACGACUGCCGCGGUGUUCUGCACGGUGCACCCGGAGUCUGUGGACGCCUUCUUUGAGGUGGCGGAGACACACAACAUGCUUGUCAUCGCGGGGAAGGUGCUCAUGGACCGCAACGCACCAGAGUACCUGCAAGACACGCCGGAGCGCGCAUACGACGAGAGCAAGGCGCUGAUUGAGAAGUGGCAUGGGCGUGGGCGCUGCCUGUAUGCGAUUACGCCGCGCUUCGCGCCAACAUCGACUGCCGCGCAGCUGGAGGCGGCCGGACGCCUGCGCCGCGAGUUCCCGGACGUGUUUGUGCACACGCACCUGGCGGAGAACAAGGCAGAGGUGGAGUGGGUACAGGAGUUGUUCCCAGAGGCGCGCAGCUACUUUGACGUGUACAAGCGGUUUGGCCUAACGGGCCGCCGGUGCAUCUUCGCCCACUGCAUCCACCUGGACGACACGGACAUGCACGAGUUCAGCGACAGCCGCAGCGUGGCGGCGUUCUGCCCCACGUCCAACCUGUUCCUCGGGAGCGGCCUGCUGCCGCUACAGAGGAUGCGCGAGAUGCACGUGUUGCUCACGCUCGGCACCGACGUGGGCGCCGGCACAAGCUUCAGCAUGUUCCAGACCUUCCACGAUGCAUACAAGGUGUCACAGCUGCAGGGGGCGAAGUUGAGUGUGGAGGAGGGCCUGUACAUGGCCACGCUCGGGGCUGCGCACGCGCUUGGGCUUGACGACCGCAUCGGCAACCUGGACGUCGGCAAGGACGCCGACUUUGUGAUGCUGGACCCCACGGCGACGGAACUGCAGCAGCUGCGGUGGGCCACGCCGAGCCCGCUGUCGGACCGCCUGUUCACUUUGUUCAUGCUGGGGGACCACCACAACAUCUUCCGCACCUACGUCCACGGCGCAGAAGUGUACGCUCGCUCCUCCUGAGCGCGUGUACCUGUGCCUGUGCCUGUGUCGGUGUGGGUGCGAUUGUGCGUGUUAUGAUGAAGCACGUGUGUGUCCAUUCGACAUGUCAUCUUUGAGUUGAAUCACGGCCCGCACGAUAUUUGAAUGUGUUGUGCUGUGAUCCUGUGCACUUGCUGCCCUCAGCUCGCUCUGCUCUUCUUUGGGCGCUUCGAGCUCUCUUCGUUGUCAUUGUGCAAGUAAUUUGUGGGUUUGUUGGCUGUUUACUACUGGGUGUGCUUCGGCUGAGGCGAGCACGUCAAGUCGGGCGGCUCAGGACACGCACAUACAGACGGACACAGACACAAGACCUCACUGCGUCACAUCACAUCACAUCAUGUCACAUCACAUCAAACAAGCAAAC